AGCCCACCAGACUUGAACGCCAUUUGAAUCAAAACGUACUACCAACGCCAUUUCUUCAGAACCCCAUCCAAUCCGAUCGUCGGACGGACCGCGUGAGAACCGGAGUCCGGACGACCCAACGCUACUGUUAAGGAAGAUUGUUUGAAUCAAUUUGGAAAUUGCAUUAAGUGUGAGAUGGAUAAUGACGAUGACUUUACGUUUUGUCAGGUUAGCUUACCUUCUGAACAAGAAGGUCACGAGACAAAGAAGCUUGUAUCAGAUAUUGGUGGUAUUAGUAUAAAAGAUGAAUUCUCUGAUGGCAACAAUAAUGGUCAGAAUGACUGUCUUCUAUGGAAUGAAAAUACCAGCUCUAAGAAGCAGGGUGCAAUUGGUUCUUUGUCUUUCAAUGUUAUUGAUGCGCCCUCUCUGAAACAGUCAACUGAGUUUUUAAGACCAGUAGCAUCAGAAGAUGCUGGAGGUUCCACUAGAAAAGUUCGGGAAGAGAAUGUUGCAAGGAAGCCAGCACCUCGAGCCAAGGUACCUUUUGAGAAAGGACAUAGCCAGAUGGACUGGCUUAAGCUGACUCAAACACAUCCAGACCUUGCAGGAUUAAAUGGACAGUCAAAUAAGAGGCGUAUUUCUAUGGAUGAAGUUAGACAACAUCAGGAAGAAGGUUCCAGGUGGACUGCUUUGAAGGGUCGUGUGUACAAUAUAUCUCCAUACAUGAGAUUUCAUCCUGGAGGUGUUGAUAUGCUGAUGAAGGCAGUGGGAAAAGACUGUACAUCCUUAUUUAAUAAACACCAUGCUUGGGUGAAUGCUGAAUUUUUACUGGAGAAGUGCCUUGUGGGUACACUAGAUGACAGUGAGUAAAGGGCAGCAAGAACGGAGGGAUUAACAAGUGGUGCUAAGUCUCAUUCACCAUAAUACCAUUACCAGCGGAUUGGCAAAGGAAUCCUUUUAUAUUUUAAUUGUAUGAGAUUAAUGUGACACCCUUUUUUAUGGUACGGGUAAGUUCAUCAUACCAUUUGGAAAUAACUUUUUAACUCUUUUUUUUGAAAAAAAAUACCGGAUUGGGUUCUACCCUUAUCUAAUAGAACAUGCUAGCCAAAUGUUCUUAAUGUAACACCUACUUUAUUUA